AUGAAAUUCUUUUCCAAAGCGCUGAUUGCGGCCGCUGCGGCAGCAACACUGAUGUCCGGCGUGUCUUUCGCUUCCGACAAGGGUGCGGUCGGCAUCGCCAUGCCAACCAAGUCGUCCGCCCGCUGGAUCUCCGAUGGGAACUCAAUGGUCGAGCAGUUCACGGCCGCGGGCUAUUCAACCGACCUUCAGUAUGCGGAAGACGAUAUUCCAAAUCAGUUGGCGCAGAUCGAAAACAUGAUCACCAAAGGUGUCGAUGUUCUGGUAAUCGCGGCGAUCGAUGGAACGACGCUGUCCAACGCCCUGGAAAACGCAGCUGCGUCCGGAAUCAAGGUUAUUGCCUAUGACCGGUUGAUCCGUGACAGCGGCAACGUCGACUAUUAUGCGACCUUUGACAACUUCAAGGUUGGUGUUCAGCAGGCAACCUCGCUGGUCAACGGCCUGAAAGAGCGCUUUGGCGACGGUCCCUACAAUGUUGAACUAUUCGGCGGCUCUCCGGACGACAACAACGCCUAUUUCUUCUACGACGGCGCGAUGUCGGUGCUUCAGCCACUCAUCGAUGCGGGCACCAUCAACAUCGUUUCGGGCCAGAUGGGCAUGGACACUGUCGGAACACUUCGCUGGGACGGCGCUGUCGCCCAGUCGCGCAUGGACAACCUCCUUUCCGCCCACUACACCGACAAACAACUGCAUGGUGCACUAAGCCCUUACGAUGGCCUCUCCAUCGGCAUUCUGUCGUCGCUCAAAGGCGUCGGCUAUGGUUCCGGCGACCUUGACAUGCCGAUUGUUUCCGGACAGGACGCCGAAGUUCCAUCCGUCAAGUCCAUUCUUGCCGGCGAGCAACACUCAACCGUCUUCAAGGACACACGCGAACUUGCCCGCGUUACGGUCGGAAUGGUUGAGGCCAUCCUCAAUGACGGCGAACCUGAAAUCAACGACACCAAAACCUAUGACAACGGUGUCAAGGUGGUUCCGUCCUAUUUGCUGGAGCCGGUGGCUGUCGAUGCUUCCAACUGGGAAGAUGUCCUCAUCGGCAGCGGUUACUAUACGGCUGAUCAAGUCAAGUAA